AAACCCAGUCGUUGUGCUUUAUAUAAGUCAAGACAGAAGACCUCACUUCAGAGAGAGUAACAAGAGAGAGAAAGGGAGAUGAAGAUGGAAGGCACGCCGGCUGUCCAUGGAUACUACAUGCCUGCAGAGUGGGAACCCCAUUCCCAGUGCUGGAUUGGAUGGCCUGAACGCCCGGAUAACUGGAGAGACAAUGCAGUGCCUGCUCAACAGGUGUUUAAGAAGGUGGCAUCUGCAAUCUCAAAGUUUGAGCCUGUGACUGUCUGCGCGAGUGCCAAUCAGUGGGCAAAUGCACGAAGUCAGCUACCAGAAAAUGUCAGGGUUAUCGAGAUGAGUUUGAAUGAUUCUUGGUUUCGUGAUACAGGACCGACCUUUGUCGUAGGAAAAAGUGCAUCUUGUUCUGUUACGCAAGAGGCAAAGGUUGCUGGUAUUGAUUGGAAUUUCAACAGUUGGGGAGGCAUUGAUGAUGGUUGUUAUCGAGAUUGGAGUCAUGAUCUUCUUGUGGCACAAAAGAUCCUGGAAAUUGAGAAGCUUCCAAGGUUUCAACACUCCAUGAUUCUUGAAGGUGGAAGCAUCCAUGUCGAUGGAGAAGGGACUUGCCUCACCACCGAGGAGUGCCUGUUAAAUAAAAACAGAAACCCACAUUUGACCAAGGAGCAAAUAGAGGAUCAACUUAAGGCAUAUCUCGGAGUGACGAAAAUCAUUUGGUUGCCUCGUGGAUUAUACGGAGACGAUGAUACUAAUGGUCACAUCGACAGUCUGUGCUGUUUUGCAAAGCCUGGUGUGGUUUUGUUGUCGUGGACUGAUGAUGAAACGGAUCCUCAGUAUGAAAGAGCUGUAGAAGCCGUUUCUGUUCUCUCCAAUACUACUGAUGCCAAGGGUAGGAAAUUAGAAAUAAUAAAACUUCACAUACCAGGGCCGCUGUAUAUGACAGAGAGAGAGGCUGCCGGACUUUUUCAGGAGGACUGCGAAGCUAAACCGAGACUUGCAGGCACGAGACUUGCUGCUUCAUAUGUAAAUUUCUACAUUGCAAAUGGAGCAAUCAUUGCACCCCAAUUCGGGGACCAGAAAUGGGAUGAUGAGGCUGUUCGCGUCCUAUCCAAAGCCUUCCCAAACCAUGAAGUGGUAAGAAUUGAAGGCGCAAGGGAGAUUGUUCUGGCGGGCGGAAAUAUACAUUGCAUUACUCAGCAACAACCACGCAUUCCGCUCAGUAUCGUCAACCAUGAUUCCUUUCAUACAUAGAAUGGUGCAGAUAGCUUGAUCCAUCAGUUCUAUGUGUUUCGGGUCCAGGGGACUCAUCAAGCAGAGACCGCUAGUCUCCACUUCGUUCUAAUGUUACAGCGUUUGGCUUACAAGCCUUCGAAGUACAAGGUAAUAAAGUGCCUAGACCCAAAGACAAAGAAGUUAUCAUAACUCUCGUUGAUUGAGUUUUGGUGUGUACUAAUACUGCCACGAAGAAGAUUUGUUUAAUCGAGUUGCAUAACAUUUAUA